CCGCGGGGCUGCUCGGGGCAGGUGGCUGCCUUGGGAAGAGCUCCGAAGGGUUAAAGAGCUGGGAAGGUGAUAACUGCGCUGGGAUCGGGCGCAACUGGCGGUUGUCUGCACAUGACCUGCCAAACUCCGGGUGACAGGUACCGGGGCUCCUAAUGAGUUUCCCAAAGGCUUGGAUCUGAACGCCGCCGUCCCGGCUCUCUUCGGAGCCGCGACUGUCCAUUACAGCUGCCGCCGGCUGCACAGCUCCUCUCCAUCCUCCCCAAGGUCUCGGAUGGAAGCAGAGUGCAACAGCAUGGCCCUCGAGAGGCUCGGGGAAGCGCUGCGCGGCAUUCCUCCGUUGCAAAGCUCCCUUCUGCUCCUUCUCUGCCUACUCGCCGCCAUCCACCUGGGCAAGCUCGUCCUGCAGCAUCAGCAGCGCCGGCGGCAGGGCCAGCGCCAGGCACCACCGGGCCCUUUCCCCUGGCCCCUGAUCGGCAACGCGGCGCAGCUGGGCAGCGCUCCGCACCUCUCCUUCGCCCGGCUGGCCAGCACCUACGGCGCCGUGUUCCAGCUGCGCCUAGGGCGCUGGCCCGUGGUGGUGCUGAACGGGGAGCGCGCCAUCCGCCAGGCCCUCGUCCGCCAGGGGGCCGCCUUCGCCGGCCGCCCGCCCUUCCCGUCCUUCCAGCUGGUGUCGGGCGGGCUCAGCCUGGCCUUCGGCGGGUACUCGGAGCUCUGGAAGCUGCACCGGCGGGCGGCGCACGCCACGGUGCGCGCCUUCUCCACGGGCAGCCCGGCCACCCGCCGCCUGCUCGAGCGGCACCUGGUGGGCGAGGCGCGGGCGCUGGUGGCGCUGCUGGUGCGCGGCAGCGCCGGCGGCGCCUUCCUCGACCCCUCUCGCGUCCUGGUGGUGGCCGUGGCGAACGUGAUGAGCGCCCUGUGCUUCGGCCGCCGCUACAGCCACGGAGACGGCGAGUUCCUGCGCAUCGUGGGGCGCAACGAGCAGUUCGGGCGGGCGGUGGGAGCCGGCAGCCUUGUGGAUGCGCUGCCCUGGCUCCAGCGCUUCCCCAGCCCCGUCCGCGCCGCCUACCGCGCCUUCCGCGACCUCAACCGCGACUUCUACGGCUUCGUCCGCGGCAAGUUCCUGCAGCACCAGCGCAGCCUGCGCCCCGGGGCUGCCCCCCGCGACAUGAUGGACGCCUUCAUCCGCCUGCAGCGGGAGCAGCCGCGGCUGCAGCUCGAGCACGUGCCCGCCACCGUCACCGACAUCUUCGGCGCCAGCCAGGACACCCUCUCCACCGCCCUGCAGUGGCUCCUCAUCUUCCUCAUCAGGUAUCCGAAAGUGCAGGCUAAAAUGCAAGAAGAAGUGGAUAGGAUUGUUGGAAGAGACCGUCUGCCAUGUGUUGAAGAUCAGCCUCACCUGCCCUACAUCAUGGCUUUCCUCUAUGAGUCCAUGCGUUUCAGCAGCUUUGUGCCUGUGACUAUUCCACACGCCACCACAACCAACACCUUCAUCAUGGGCUACCUCAUUCCCAAGGACACCGUCAUCUUUGUAAAUCAGUGGUCAGUGAAUCAUGACCCAGCAAAAUGGUCCAACCCGGAGGACUUUGAUCCAACAAGAUUCCUGGAUGAGAAUGGGUUCAUCAAUAAAGAUCUUACUAGCAGCGUGAUGAUUUUCUCGUUGGGAAAGCGUCGGUGUAUUGGAGAGGAGUUAUCCAAGGUGCAGCUCUUUCUCUUUACCUCUAUAUUGGUGCAUCAGUGCAAUUUUACUGCUAAUCCAAAUGAGGACCCUAAAAUGGACUUCACCUAUGGGCUAACCAUUAAACCUAAGCCAUUCACCUUGAAUGUUACGCUUAGGGAUACAAUGGAUUUGCUCGAUCAGGCUGUCCAAAGACUGCAAGCAGAAAAAGCAGCCAGUGAAAGUCAGCUGUCAGCAAAUGCCUAAGCAAUAAACCUUGCAUCUACAGAUAAUCCUCCUCUCUCUUUUUAGACUUCUAUAACUCAUAGCUUGUUCUGGUGAGAUUUUUGGUAUAUAGCCAAUAUUACAAAACAUUAUAAAAGCAGGAAGAAAAGUUGCACAAGGUAUAAUUCAGUCAUCUUUUUAAUUCUAGAAGGAGAGCCAGGGGAACAAUAUAUUAAAUGUUAAAACAUAUGCAAUUUGAAAAUAAGCCUUUUCUUUUCUAGCUUGUUCACAGAAGUUGUCAUUGUAAAGUGCUUUUUAUCUACUGACUGGUUGGAGCAUCUCCAGGCAUUGUCUCUAUAAUCCUUUCCAUGUCUCCAUGCGCUAUGCCUUAACUCUAAGUUUGCCUUCGGUGACUCCACUUUCAGAAGUGUUAAAAAACAAACAAAAGCAGUUGCUCAGAACACUGCAGCUUGCUUCUGAAUUUACUCUGCUGGAAACUGCCAUAGGCUCAUGGCAGCUCUGGUAUUAUGGCUGCUGGGAUGUACAUUGAUGCCUCAGUAAUAAGUGUUCACAUCAUUUUUGGUAAAAUGGCAAUGUAAUGUCUUGCCUUCAGCAUUCCAAAAUGUUUACAUAAAUGCCUAAAAAAAUAAAAGUCUUGCUUGUAAGCAUGUUUGAAACUAAAAUUCAUGUUUUUUAUGAAAAUCAACAGAAUGUCCUAAUAUAGUAACUUUCCAUAAAGCUUUGAAAGAUCAGAAUUUCUAUGUCACUAGAUGGCAAGGGUGAUAUAAAUCAUAUGCUGUUCUGUUCAUUAGCAUGUUCAUGAACAAAGUAAGUAUUUUAAUUAGAUUUAUAAAGGUAUAGCUGAACUUUAUGUUUCUUUAGUAUUAUUGUCCCUAAGCACUUAGGUCAGUCCAGUAAAAUCCACAUUGGCCAAGUCAAGUAGAAGUGAGAUUGGGGGCGUUUAUAUUAAAACAUUCAUGCCACAAGCCUCAAGUAAAGCAUAGACCAAAUAAUAUCCCUACUCGCUAGUCGUACUAUUGAAUUAUUUAGUAUAUCUGAAAAUCAACUAUGUACUUUUAGUACAAUUUGUUUGGAACAAAGUCCCAGAAGAAAAAGUAACAUUACAGGUCCUAAUUAAAGUACCCAUUAACUGAACAAAAAGCACUCUUAAAAUAUUUUUGAGGCAAAGUUCCUAAAAUUUUUUAACACCUAUUAUUUUAAAGUAAAGCACACAUGAAACUUUAUGGCGUUGAACCUCUGGCGAAUGUUUGUAUAUACAAAGCCACAUAUUUCUCUAGAAAGCAAACAGCCCUAUGUAAAUGCCUGAUUUGAAAAGAUUUGGGCACUUCUUUGGAGCUGCAGGUGGCCUUCAAUGACAUAUAAAAUCCAUCAGACAUGAGAGUACCUCACAUGACUUGCUGUGCUCAGCCGAGUACCAGAUAAAGUGCUAGCAGAGCUAGAAAAACAAGGGCACAGUGCUGCACAGCGAGUAGCUCUGCUGAGACCUAAGCAAGUAAGGAUUUGCACUGUGACUUCUGAUAGGUGGCCAGUCCUAGUCACGCUGGCAGCAGGGACAGAGCUCCUACUAAUGCUGGGAAGAGCUGGGUUAACAACACAAUCCUGAUCUUAAGUACAAGCUUUGCUACUGAUUUUAAAAACCUGAAUCAAGCCUACAAGCACCGCUCUAUAAUCCCACACAGUGAUAAUGUACCUGUUUAAAGGCUCUGACUUCAUAUGGCAUCUGUCAUCUGUAUUAGAGCUAAAAAAAGCUUUCUGCUACAUACACAUGGAGUAACCUCAGGUGUUCUUCUGAAUUAUGUACAACUUUGUGAUACCCCAGAACUUAGCCUAUACCUGUGAAAAGCUUUAUAAGAUACUCAGCAUUUUCAUAUGGAGAUCUACAUUAGAUCAAAUGCUAGCAAGAUGAUUUUUCUUGAACCUUUUUAAGUGCUGUUAUUAAAAGAAAUAAAGUAUGUAACCUACAGCUGAAUAGCUAUUCUAAUGCAAGGAUCAUCAAUUCAUAUUUUAAUAAAAAAUGGCUUUUGCAAUUUUUUACCCUUCCAAAAUCUUUAACUAUGCAUUGGCUACUAGUGCAAAAUCCAUCCACACUGCUCAUGUCAGUCGGGGGUUACACACUAUAUAGCUGUUUGGUCACAUAAUGCCUCAUGUAAUUUGUGAAGUUACUCAAAUUUAGUAGCACCUAUUUAGAAUGUAUGCAGUCAUUUAGCAAGCUAAAUUCUAUGGUCAUUUUGAGAUGUAUCAUUGUGUUACCAAAAUACUAAAUAAAAUUAUUCUUACACUACCA